AUGGCGCCCAAAAUCCACCAAAAUCACUAUGAGAUUCUCUCCCUCCCUGAGACCUGCACGGCCGAAGAAGUGAACCGGCGGUACAAAGUCCUCUCGAUGAGGCACCACCCAGACAAAGGGGGCGACGCCAAUGUCAUGGCGACAAUCAACCACGCGAGAGAUGUCCUCACGGACCUCACUGCGCGUGAGGAGUUUCACGACGCAACCUGCCGCCCACCACUGCGAGGCUUUCGACCACCUCCCCGCUCCUCCUUCGGCGACUCUCCGUUCGAACGAACGACCUUCGGCCCAGCACCACAGUCCGCACCACCAAUCCCGAAGCGUGGGGCAUAUGCGCCCAAACCUCACGCGGACAUCGAACGUGCGGAGCGACAUCAGCGUGAGCCGACACCACCGCCGGAGGACCGGCCUCUCAAGAGAGCUGGAGCACGGAGAGCUCGCCCUGCGCCGCCGCCUAGUAUGAGGGCUGAGGCGGGCGGGGCGGAGCCAUGCGCACAGCCUGUCGUGGAGAAGGAGAGAGACGAUUGGUGGGAGGACUUGGUGAAAGACUGGGAUUUUGACCGCCAGUUGACGGAAGAGGAGAAGGCUCUCGCGGACCCGGAGAUUCAGGAGAUGUGGUCGAAAUGGUUUUGA